CUGCUGGCUCAGUGUUUGAGCUGAGAGUCAGGAGUCAGAAAACGACGGUGUUUUGAAAGACAGGCAGAGAUGAAGCUGAACACUCUAAGAUGAUCUAAACUGUUCUUCUGGUUAAAAAAAAAGCUAUCCAAGCGAUAAGUCACACUCUGUUUAAAUAGUUUGGUUUGGAACCACCCACCUGAGCUGUCCUGAAUGAGCAUGUCCCUUGCUCAGCGAGUGCUCCUCACAUGGAUCUUCAGCCUCAUCUUCCUCAUCAUGCUGGUCCUCAAGUUGGACAAGAAGAUCCAGUGGAGCUGGUUCCUGGUCUUCCUCCCUGUGUGGACCUUCGACGCCAUUCUUCUGCUCAUGCUCAUCAUCAAAAUGACAGGCCGUUGCAAACCAGGGUUUGACCCGCGCAAUGGUGCAGAGAACUUGAAGAAGCGUGUUUGGUACCUCACAGCUAUUUUGUUAAAGCUGGCCUUCUGUCUGACACUGUGUGUAAAGCUGGAGCGCCUGAUAGAGAUUGGGCUAAGUUUUGUCUGUAUCCCUCUCUGGACUCUUCUGAUUGGAGCGAUGGUGGAGCUGGGCUUCAGCGUCUUUAACUUCCAGAGGGACUGAAAACAAGACACUGAGGAUACUGAUGCUAGCUUAUUGUUGGAAAAGUAACUUGUAACAUAUAGUCUGUCUAACACUUAUUUAAAAAUUCCCACCUGCAGCAGAGUAACAUGACCCUGAAUGAUUUAUUCUGUAAAUUCUUGAGGACACAUAUUUUCUGUAUGCUUUUUAUUAGUGGGUGAUCUGGAAUUACCUUAAUAUUUUUGAUUAAAGGUGCUUCCAUUUUGUUUUAUUUAUCUUUUAAGGUUUUAAAGGUUUUGUUGGUCUGGUAAACAUUAGGACGAGAAUGAAAGUUCUUGUUUGAUUCUCAUGUCCAGUGUUUAACAUGGACAUACAGUGUUGUGCAAAGUUAUAGACACGUGACCAAAAAAAAAAGGGUAGCGUUAUGUCCGAAAAUGGUUAGAUAAAUACUGUAUGCAUAUGUACAUACUUUACAUUUAUAUUGUUAUUUUUUCUUGUAAGAUUUGUUAUCACAGGUGUCUUAGUAUUUUGCACAAUACUGUAUGUUGUCAAUAUCAGCAUUUUUUCUUUCUUCUUUGUAUGGAUGAAUGGACCAUUAGUAAGGCUUUAAAAUGACUUGAAAUAAUGCUGCAUUCCAUUUGAACGCAUUUAAUUAUAGAAAUUUAAUUUGGGAAUUUCACCUUGAUCGCCCCCCACUACUUAGAAUGUCAGGAGAGCUUCAGAAUCCAAGGUGGCUGCACCACACAAUAGCAGUGAUAAUAAUACAGUAUAUAACAACUUCUAUUUUGUUCACUUCUAAGUUCACACAGUCCAGCAUCUCUGUGAACAUGUUUAAUGCCUUCAGCUAACAGUUUUUGGAAAUGUUUGAAAUAGUGUCUGAUUCUGUUUUAAUGUUUAACUGGAACUCUGUCAGCUUGGUUUCAUGUAAAGCCCCAACUUACAACCUCUGAGGUAAAUGGAAUGCAGCAUAAAUUAUUUUUAACAUAGAAUUCCAUUGAAAGCUUAGAAUGUGUUGUUUUCUCCUGUAAAGUUGCUGUUUUAGAGAUGCUAAUACAUAUCCAUUCAAACCAAAGAGGCAUCACCAGGGAUUGAACUAAGUUUGACCUGAUAACAGGCCCAGUGCUUAGAUGGCUGCACUACUGAUUUUUUAUUUUGUAUUGUUUAGGUUGGUCACGUUCUGAUGUUACAUAAGUACCUUUCAUUUCUGAAGGGAAUGUUUAUUUUCUCUCUAUGCAAUCUGUAACUACCUACUCAGCUAAAAACAUGUUUGACUUCUAUGUUUUCCUAAAAUCAA